AAAAAUUUUCCAAUGGUGUUAGCAAAUUUUCCUAUGGUGUUUUGCUGUGUCUAUUGGAAAGUAAAAUUAUAUUAUUGAAGUUCAAAACAAACGCAAUUGCAUCGUUUGGGUGUUUGGAUUUAGAUUAUUAAAUAUAUUGUAACGAACACGGAUGAAAGAAUAAAAUCGAACAGACGAUAAAUUGCCAGAAGCAACUAUACAACAAAUUCGUAGUUGCCAGAAUGUUCUAGAGACGAAGUUUUGUUAAAGUUCUACUGUAUAAGGGCUGCCGGAUUGUGUAGCUAACACAGUUCUAGUUAGAGUGUUGUCGUGUUAAGAGCAAUUGAUACAUAAGCAAGAAGUGGUAAGCUCGAAUAACGAGCAAUAAUUGAAUUGGAAUUUUUCUUUAACAUUCCAGUGAUCGUACUCAAGAGUGAGUUACAAGGUAGACGAUUUAUCGAGAAAUCCGUUAUCUCGAAAUAUCUUAAUAUGUGUGUAAAUAAUUUUGAUAAAAACGGUAACACUUGUUUAAUCUUUUAAAAUGUCAUAUCAAAAAGAACUGAACCAUAAGGGGAUUCCCUUUUCUAUACAACUUUUAUAUAAUAGUGAAAAGUAAUACUUUUUGAAACAAUUAAUAUUGAUCUUAAAUGCAAAAAUUUCAAAAAUAGGGCCGCUAAAAUUAUUUGCAUACCAAUUUAGAAGUAAUAGAUAUAAAUGACAUUUUAUAUAUUAGAAAUGACUUAUACCUUUUUUUGAACUUGGCAAUACCGCUAAUAUAUCUACAAAAACAACAAUAACAAACAAAACAAAACCAUUUCACCAUUCUAAAUAAAAGUUUUGUGUUGUGUAGUUGUGUUGUGAAGUUUGCCUUGCUAAUAAAAGUAAAGUAGCACUUUAACUUGGUAAAACUGCGUAGUAAAUUUAUUUAAUACAAAUAUGAGCAAAAAAAUUGAUCACCCAGAGCUGCGUGCACAGUUAGAAACUCUGAACAACAAAGAAUUGCAUUACAAAUGCGUUGAAUAUGGCAUGAAUGUACCAGUUGCAGACUCAACACGCGAUGUCAUCAUACGCAAAUUAAUAAAAUCGAUCACCGGUGAUACAAACUUAGCAUCGCCCAAGGCCACUAAAAAGCAAGUUGCUUCGCCAAGUGAGCGUCGGAAGACCGUAAAUGUGACUGUGCACGUAUCCAGCGAUGAGGAAGAAGCGGGAAGACAAAAGCAGCGAUCAGCAAUUAAAAAUAAAACACGCACCCAGUCUCCAAAAGGCCAUAACGUAACAUUUGAUACAGCGCUGAAUAAUAAUCGUGAUAAAACUGAGGCAACAGCAAGAACGGUACAACAAAAGGCCAAAAGUGCUGAUACAAAUGCCAAUAUUGGAAUUGGAUUUGGCAACAGGGCAAGAAUUGUGCCUCUUGAAGUGCAUUCUCCAAAUAAUAUUAAUCACGAUUUUGAUGAAAUAGAAAUUGUCCCCAGUGAUCUCGAUGAUGGAUAUAAAUCUACUUCAACAAAUUUGAAUUUUAGUCAAACACGUACUUAUGGGCAAGAUCGAAGAGAGAUCCCUAUCAGUAGCUACAAAUCAUCAUUACCAAAUUUGGGAUUUAGCCAAACACGCACUCUGAAUACUUCUCAUCAACAAAAUGACGCCGAAAUACCAAAACAAGGAUUCUUUUCAACUCCGGAGCAUAUCACUAAUAGACCAGUUGGUUUUUACAGUUCAGGAUCUCCAACUAAUUCUUUCAAUAUUGAAAAUAUGGCCAGUCAUUCAUCGACACUUGGUAGUAGUUUGGGAGGUUCAUCAUCAUACUCAAAGGAUUUAGUAUUCAAACGUCCAACAGCACUUUCUAAGUCUAAUGUAACUAAUACCACUUACAAUCAGGCGGAUGCACAACGUUUAUAUCCACGGUUACCAACUGAUUUGCCCACGCCCUCAUUGUACACAGCUUCUCCGCCGCCUACACCGGAUUCUCAUAUGUCUACUAAUUUUGGUCGAGCGCCCUCUCUGACAAAGUCAGGGGUGAUGACGACUUCAUAUUACCAGGAAAUUACACCUGUUAAAGAAGUAAAACAUUUUGAAGUAGAAAGUGAUGAAGAGCCCUCGAUAGAUGGUGCUGGUGAUCGUAACCGUAAAACCAUGCCUGCCACUACCAAUUACGAUCGAACUAGCUACGUUGCGGGCAUUCAACGUGGCUCGGAAGCGCAUUUGCCCUUUGAACCUCAUUUAAAUAUAUCCUCGCGCUAUGCGAGCGCUCCUUUGAACAAAGAAUCAUAUAUUCCAAGUAAUACAUCACCCAAAGCACAGUCGUCACCAAAUGUGAAACGCUACUCUACAACAGCACGAGCAAAUACUAGUUACACACGCAGCGUUGAUGAACCUGACAGCUGUUCGGAGGGUGAACAAUUGUCCGGCGAUGAGAUAUAUGUACAGGACAGCGAUGAGGAAGAAUACUUGUCUGACGGUAGGAAAAUAUACAGCAGCUAUGGCAGCAAUAAAAUACAAGAGCGCGUACCAUAUCGACGCAGCAACUCAGGAAGGCUAAGCGCAUCACCGCCCAGUCCACGUUACAGUUCAGCUGCAAUGGGACGACACUCACUAAAUGCCGACGACGAUGACGAUGAUGUUAAUGCUUCGUUAAGAUACUUUCUAACGACGUUGGAUCGCAAAUAUCAUAUUAAACAAAUGUUGUAUAUGUUUGCCGUAUUCGCAAGUGCCGUGUUUAUAUAUGUAGUUUUCUUUGAGAAGACUGCAGUUGGUGAAGACAGCUCUUGAUGUGUAGGAAAUGUUAGAAGAAUGAAACUACAAACCGGUCGUUAUAAAUUGCUAAGCUAAAUUGACUAGUUCGAAAAGUAAAAAAAAAUAUUAAGUUAAAACUAAAUAUUCACGUACAUAUAAACUUAGACCAUCAAAAUUGCUUAUAUUCAAAAUUAGUUGUGUAAUAUGUUAUGUGUAAUGACAAUUUAGCUUUUUCGUAUAAAUAAAUCUAAUUUUUGUAUAUAUGAUUAAAAAGUAAAGAUAUAAACUUUUUUCGUUAGCCAAAUAAACAUAAUCGUAAAUAAAUAACUCUAUCUACAUAAAUAUUAAAAAUAAUACUCAAAUCCAAAAAAAAUAUAAAUUAAGGUGAAUAAUUCAAGGAGAAAAUUACAAAUUUUGUUUCAUUAUGUUCUUAUUUGCUGUUAAUUCUUUUAAAUACAUUUAUAUAUUCGUAUUUUUAUCUGUUUGUAUGUAAUGCACAAUAUUUCGUUUUUGUUCAAAGUAAUAAAGCGCUAAUACGCACGCAGAAAGCAAA